UUUAUCUAAGAGAAACUGAGGUUCACUAUAACCCUAGGGAGGGUUAAUUUGUGCACGCAGAGAGGACACACAGUAUCACAUGAUGAAGAUUAAUCCGGCCUCCUCCCUCAGACCAGGGCACAGAGUUUUGGGAGAGGAGAUCUGUUAAGGUUUGAAUAUGGAAAAGAUUGCAGCCACUCUAGAUGGAAGACUCCAUGGAAGAAAAAGGAGGCCCCGCACUGUUGCAUUGGGAACGUUUGGCCUUUUCUUGCUGCUAUGCGCAGUGGUAUACCUUGUCCACCUGACCGCCUCCCCUGGGGUGACAAGUAACCGGCGAGUCCGGAGAGAUGCUGGUCAGUUGUAGUAAAGGAGUCCUAUGCGAUUUGAUAAACCGUGUAUCAUUAUAUUGUGGCUUAUUCACUAAACUCUGAAUUGUAGCAAAUUCAAGUCUGAAUGGCGAAACUGAGGCGAAAAUUGCCAAACUACGACUAAAGCUAAACUAGCGAAUUUUUUCAGGUUAGCUAUUUUUGACUUAAUGUUGUCAUUCUGAUUUUAAUUUGCUACAAAUUGGAGCUUAGUGAAUAAACCCUAGGUGUAUUCAACAAUAUUUGCAGGACAGAUCUGCAAAUGUCAGUUUGUAUAAAUGCACAUCAUUCUAUAUUUUUGAAUUAAUUAUUUAUUAUUAUCUUAUUUAUUUUUUUAAAGUCCCUGAAUUGUAGGAUUGUUUUCUGGAAUAUUAGAUGUUAAAUUCACCUGGGAAAAUGUAAUUUUUAUAAAAUAGUCAAGUUGCUGACAGGAAUAAAAUGUUGUUGUUAUUGUGUAUCUUUCAUCCAUAGUGAAAUGAGUGUAGAUUUGCUUAGGUAACUUGACGAGCGCUCUAAAUCUUCAUUUAUAUUAAAUGCGGAGCAGAAAACCUGCUGUUUUAUGAGCUGCCUGCCUUUCACUGGAAUACUAAAACCUGGUUUUAUGGCAUAUGCACAGUCUACCUUAUUUCUCUGUUGAUCUCAGGUAUUAAUAAAUAACAAUUGCAUUGUUUUGUUAAACUUUGUAUGCAUAUGUUGUCCCUAAAGGGCAGAGUGCAAAGUUGUAAGGAGUUUACUUUAUUUGGUACAGGGUUGUUUUAUGCUUCCACAAUAUUCCCAUGAUAUUUGGAAUUUUUUACAGUAAUGUUGUUGUGUUUUGGAUUUCACAAUGGACAUGAGGGCAAUAGUCCAAUGCCUUUCCAACCUGCAAUAAAAUGUUGCCUCCGCUUAAUGUGCCCAUAACAUCCGAUGCACAUUGGUAAUAACUAAUAGCCAUUUACGUUUAUCAGCACUGUGUUCAUUGUGAUGCAUUGUUGUAGAGUGGGUUAGCCAGAUUGCAAGGUUUUUACAUAACAGGUACGUUUUGCAUCCUGCAGGGCAUGUGUUUACAAUUGCUGGUGCAAUAAAUUUAGUUGUUAUAGUAUUUAAUUGAUUUUAACACGGAGAGCAUGAAUUCCACAUGCAGCCAGGCAGCUCUUUGGAGUCUGCAGAAUCAGUAACUGUCCUCUGGUAACAAUAUUCUAGAGUGCUGAUCCAUUAUACUGCUAUUUAUACUGCAGGGAAAAAUGGCAAAAAAAACUAAAUUUAAAAAGGAUUUUGUCCACAAGUUCAAACAUGUAACUCCUUCCCUGCCAGAGACUGUGCCAAUAAAUAGUUUAUCCCAUCCUAAACUCCAGAUGGACAGAGCGACUGCAUCUCUAAUUUAACUCCGUCCUCGACAAAGAGGGGGAAUGGACUCUAUCUCCUACACUGUCAGGCAGACAUAACUCCACAAAGCACAUCUAAAAGACACCGUAAUUGUGACAUAUCGCUCCCUUAGCUGACAUAAACUCCUUCUCUGGCAUGAAUAUAGACAAUAUAAUUGUGCACUAUAAUCACCUUUUUUGUUUCAGAGGCAACUUCUCAUAAAAACCUAUAAACAGCCAAAAACUUUUCCAAGUCUGCUAUUGUUACCUCAAACUUUAAAUUCCCUGGUCAGAUGCCAAAAAAUUAUAACUUUCUGACUGACUAAAGUUAUAACGGCUCUUACGGAUUUUAUAACCUACACAAGCAGUUAUUCACAAAGGUACAAAUUGUCAGAAAUUCCUGGUUAAUUUCGCCAUUUAAGCCAAAAUAGCCAAUUUGGAAAAAUUCUCUAACCUAUGUUUUAAGUGCGGCUAUUUGGACUUGUAUUUGAAAUCCAUUUUGAAUUCCAGACAGACCAUUGACACUUUUUACUGGAUAACCUGUUUGUGUUUCUCAUAAACCAGUGGAAUAUGACUAACUCAUUGCUCAUCCUCUCCUUCCUUGUUCUGCCUCAUUUGACUCCCUGUUGUUUCCAGAAUAUAAUUCAAAGUUCCGAUAUAGUCUACCAAGUCUUCAUGCAAUGCAUUGCCCUAUAUCUCCAAAUUAACUGCUUUUGUUUGUUUGUUUUUGUUUGUUCUCUCGUUUCACACACCCAACACACAAAUCUUAUUCUUGUUUUGAGUGACCUUUGCUGCCAAUUGACUGCUAGAUUGAGCAUAUCUACUGUGGAUUUGUUCCAGAUUAUACAGGCACAAAGUAACAACACAUCGGAUUCUUCUCUCUUUUCCCUAAUGACAUGCCACUUUCUUGGUUAUUUCAACACACUUGUUAUUUACGGCAUAACAUUUGUUUAGAUCUAUGGGAGAAAAGCUGAUGUUAUCAAAUCUUACACAAUGAAAUAUCUAGAUUCAUCCUUCCCUACGGAUUUCAAUCUGAGUUUUACAUCAAUGACAUUUAGACUUAAAUCGUAUAACUUAACAUCACAGAACUAAUUAUUUAUGACUAUUAAAGGAACACUAUAGCAUUGUGAAUACAAACCUGUAUUCCUAUCAUUACAGUGCUCUAGUCUCUAAUUAGAUAUCGCCUCCCCCACCCCCGUGCAAUAAAAAAUAGUAGUAAAAACAAAAAAGUAAAAAAAAAAUUCCACCCCCGAGACUGCCUGAGUGCUGCUGUCCCCUCCACUUCCUCCAGCAAUAUCAUUGAGGCAUGGCUUCCUCAUUGGUUGCCCAAUCCAAUGCUCCUCAUAGAGGGAAAAUUGGGGACAAGAUGCAUAUGCUCAAUUGGUUCUCAUAUGCUUCUCAAAGGGAAGCAUUGAAUUUAAUGUAUUUCUUGUGCUGCAUUUCACUUUGGUGUUGCACAUGAAGCACUUCUAGUAGUUGUCUGUGUGGAAGAUGGCUCCUAGAGGUGUGUUAACCUUGCUAUGUACAUUGCAAUAUGCAAUUAUGCAGUUAUAUUGCACCAGGACCACUUCAUUGAGAUGUAGUGUUCUGUGUGAAUUUAGUUGCCCUUCUUAAAUCACUAAAUAGGCACAUGUAAUUUAUCUAAAUUUAAAUAAGAAUAUAUUUUAUUUGCAUAACAAUAUAGAAUUUAAGUGGAAUGCUGAUUUUUAUUUUAUUUUAUUUAUUUAUUUAUUUUUACCAUUAUUCACACUGAAUUAAGAAUGUUAAAAGGCAACCUUUUAGUAGUACUGUGCCAAAACACGAUCUUGAAGUCCCUUGGUGUGCCGGUCCUUUUAUUUAAAAUUAUUGUUUGUAUGUUGUCGUAUUCUGCUUGUGUUAUUUAUGGGUGCCACAGUUUGUAUUUGUGGAUAUGUAAGCUUUGAUAUUGCAUAUGUUCAUGAGUAGUAUGUGGUAUGGUGUCUGAUACCUAUGGUGGCAUUGUAUACAGGGUUAGGCAACCUUUGACACUCCAGAUGUUGUGGACUACACCCCCCAUAAUGCUGGCAAAGCGUCAUUGGAGGUGUAGUCAAAAGUGUAAAAGGUUGCCUAUGCCUGGUAUAGGAGCUGCUUGUGGAAUUGUGUGUACCAAUGAUAUGUCACAUUGUGUGUUUGGUGUAUGUAUAGGGCUGUUUAUGGUAUUGCAUAUGAGAGGCUGCUUGUGGGGUUGUGUUUGUGGGGAUUGUCAGUAAUGUUGUGUUUAUUGGGACUGUGUGUGUGUGCUGUUUGAGGUGGAGGCUUAUUCUGCAGCUCUGUUUAUAUCUACUAAUAUUCGAGUGUGGGUGGCUUCCUUGGGGUCUAGUGGGGACCAGGUUGACCAGGUACAGGUCAAAGUCAGAAGCUGCGAUAACUGCUGUGGGCUGCUCUACUUCAGUGUGGAUUCCCAUUCACAAAUGCUGAGAUCACUUCCUCUAAGUGCUGCAAUGUGUGAAUUGAGGAUUAUCCCUCACCACCUGCAAUCACAGCUUGAUUUGCACUAGCAAAUAUCUGAAGUCUCCCUGGGACUACUGAUAGGCCAAAGGCACCACAAGUGCCAUAGGUUGCUGACCACUGGAUUAGAUAUACUGGUAUAGAAUAUAUAUUUUAUAUAAAAAAAAUUAUUUUUUUUGCAUUCUAAGGACCACAACGCACUUUAGAGUGCUGAAGGACUUUUAUGUUAGAAACGUUUUUUUUUUUGUUUUUUCCCCCCCUCAAUUUUAUAAGAAAUUGGCACUUUUAUCAAAGCACCUUCUUACACCACUUGGACUGUAAAUCACACAGCUGGUCCUAUUACUCCUUGGUAGUUUAGCUGUGUGCAGCAAAACUCAAGAGGUAGGCAAAUGCACAUAGCACCUGCCUUGCUAAUACUGUAAAGUAGUUAAUUGAGAAAGCUGUUAUUGAACAGCUAUAGAAAGUCUGUGCUGGGAAAAAGACUACUAGAUCUGCAGCAAUUGCAAGCAAAGAUUCCAUACACCACAAAAGAGAGCAUGCAAAAAAUGACAUGCAUAAUUUCUUUGGGGUGUGUGGAUAGUUCCUUUUACUAAAACGUGUCCUGUUUAUAUUUUGAGGUGUGUUUUUUUUUUUUUUUGUUUGGUUUUUUUUUUAUCUUUGACAAUUUUUAUUGAAGUUUUAUAGGGGUACAGAAGAGAAUAGGGGGUGGGGGAGCAGUGGUAACGUAAAGUAUCUCAUACACAUUGACCUUAGGACAGUGUACACAUUUAUCAUACACAGUUUGCUUUUCAUACGAUCAUUGUGUUAUAUCGUGAUGCCCUGAUUGGGUCUGCUGAUUAUUGUCCACCCCAUGCCCUGAGGGGGGGGGGGCUCACAUCGGUCCCUUCCAGGGUGGUAAUCGACUGGGUUUGUGAUUGAUGCUGGGUGUAGAGCUUUGGUAUUUCAUAUACCACUGGGGUGGGGGUGAACCGUGGAAGAGGAUCAGAGUGGGGACGGAAGGGAGGGGGGGGAUGAAGGGGGGAGGAGAAAGGAGGGGGGGAGAGGGUAGGGCUCUCCUAGGUAGUCGGCUGUGUGUGGUCGUUUCUGCAGGACUAUCUGUCUUACAUGUGUUUUAUUCGAGUUGCGGCAUUAUCGUUGUGUUUGCAGUCUCCAGAAUUAUUUACAUUUUCAUUUACAGUUGCAUUGACCUUUACAUUUACACCCUUUGCUACAGUUUCGUUGUCGAAGGGGCACAGCUGUCGGUGUGUAGAUCCCUGCUACCGUCAUCUCAAUUGGGGGUUAUAUUAUUAGUACGCUCCAUGUACAGUUGCCAGGUUUCCCAGGCUUGUGACCAAACUUUUUUGGAGUGGUUUGAGCGUCUAGCUGCCAGCUCGUAGAGCUUAGUUGUUUCUAUUGUUUGUAUGCAUUCUGAUAUUUUGGGUGGGAUAUUAGAUUUCCAAUGUCUGCUAAUGACCGUGAGCGCGGCUAUAAGUAUGUGAUAGAUUAAGUAUUUUUGCCUGCUCCGCAGCCCCUUUGGAAAGAGGUGGAGGAGGUAUAUUUCUGGUUUGCGGGGUAGUAGUGUUUUUGUGCUGUCUUGGAUAAUGGUGGUUAUGGUAUUCCAGUAGGGUGUUAAGGAGGGGCAUUCCCACCAAAUGUGGAGCAUUGUGCCCUUGUGUUGUUGACAUCUCCAACAGAUAUCGGAGGCCUGUGGAUAGGUGGCCUUUAGGCGUGUGGGUACUAGGUACCACCGGUAUAAAAUUUUCGGGGAUAGUUCCAUGUGGGAGGCACAUUUGGAGAGUGAAUUGUGUGCCAGGAGAAUCUCAUUCCAUUGUUUUUCACCAAGAGUGUACGUAAGUUCCCUCUCCCAUGCAGCUAUGAAGGAGAGGUUUUUGUGGUCUUUUGGGGGAUGCAUAGUCUGGUAUAGUUCCGAGAUGAGUUUUUUGGGGGUUGCGAGACGUGAGCAUAUUUUCUCUACCACCGUCAGCUGUAGCCCCUGUACAUUGUCAGGUCUUGUUAUAGUUUGCUUGCGGAGCCAUGAUUGCAACUGCAUGUAGGGGAAAGCUGCCCUUGGAGUCAAAUUAUAACAUGCUGUUAGGUCUGCGAGAUUUCUGAGCUUGUUUUCCUGGAGCAGCUGGUGUAAGUGUGUUACUCCGUGCUGAUGCCAUACGGUGUAGUUAAAAUUAGGUAUUGUAUAGUGUAGUGUUUGUAUGGGCAUGGCAGGCGAUAUUUUGCCCAGCCAGCCCAAUGUGCGGCAGUACUUGUCCCAUAUGGUCAGGGUGAGGGCUGUGGUUGGGAGCAAUUUUGCCUUAGUUGGCCUGCUGUGCUGGGGAAGCCAUGCCAGUACAUUGAUGGGAAUGUUAUUAGCAUGCUGCGCCUCCAGUUCCAUCCAUUGGGUUGGGUGGUCUCGAUGGCAAGCCGCUAGUAGGGGGCCCAGAAUGGCUGCUCUGUAGUAGCUGUCUAGGUUGGGCACUCCCAUUCCCCCAUUUUUGCGUGGCAUUUAUAGCGUGCUUUUCGCUACCCGUGCUUUUUGUCUGUCCCAUAUAAAGGUUAGUAGUGUUUGUUGAGCAUCUCGUAUGAAUGUGGGGGGUAUCUUUAUGGGUAACGUUCUAAACAAGUAUUGCAUUUUAGGUACAAUGAUCAUUUUAAUUGCGGCAAUUCUCCCUGACCAAGAUACGAAUUUACUCUUCCAUCCUAGUAGUAGGUUUUUUAUUUCAGUCAGUGUUUUUUGAUAGUUUAUUUUAAAAAGGUUUGCUAGAUUUGGGGUGAGAUUGAUUCCUAGGAAUUUUAGAUGGUCGUUUCGCCAGUCGUAUUUAAAAGAGAUACGCAACUUAUCCGAGACCUCCAUCAGGAUAUUUAUGCCCAUUGCUUGAGUUUUAUUUAUAUUAAGUUUAUAAUAGGAGCACUUGCUGUAUUGGGUGAGCGUAUCAUGGAAGUUAGGUAGGGAUAUGUGUGGUUGCUCGAGUGUUAAGAGGAUGUCGUCUGCGAAAAGUGUGAGUUUGUGUUCUUUGCCUUGUCUCGUAAUGCCGUGUAUGUUUGGGUUGUCCCUAAUGAGUUGUGUGAGAGGUUCUAGCGAGAGAAUAUAAAGGAGAGGCGAUAGUGGGCAGCCCUGUCUUGACACGUUGGUUAUGUGGAAUUGUUUAGAGCUAAAGCCCCCAUUGGUGACUUUCGCUGUCGGUUUAGAGUAUAAUGCCUUUACUAACCGUAAGAAAGUGUCUGGGAAGCCAUAUUUGAUCAGAACAGCUUGGAGGAAGGGCCAAUGCAAUCUGUCGAAGGCUUUUUCAGCGUCAAGUGACAGCAUAACGCACUGGGCCCCCCCUCCGCUUCCUCCCUGUAGUAGGUCCAAGAUCUUUCGGGUUCCGUCCGCUCCUUGCCUACCACUAACAAAUCCCACCUGGUCCUCGUGUACCAGGGUCGGGAUAAUGUUCUUUAAUCUGUUAGAGAAAAUUUUUGCCAGUAAUUUGAUGUCCGUGUUAAGGAGGGAGAUUGGUCUUAGAUUUUGGCAUUUGUUAGGUGGUUUGCCUGGUUUUGGCAAUGUAGCUACAUGUGCCAUGAGCAUGUCUUGGGGCACUUGGCCCGUCGUGAGGAUAUGGUUAAAGGUUUUGUCCAGAUAUGGGGUUAGGAUUGUGGUCAUUGUCUUGUAGUAGGAGUUUGUGAGUCCGUCGGGUCCCGGUGAUUUGCCAUGGGGGAGUGAGUGUAUAGCUUGUUGUAUUUCUUCUUGUGUGACUGGGUGUUGUAGGAUAGUUUUCUGGUGUUCCGUCAGUGUUGGCAGCGAGAACUGUCCAAGUAGAUUUUGAAUGUCUUGGGAUGUGGGUUGAUGUAGUGUGGGGUCUUCUUUGAGGUUGUAUAAUGAGUGGUAAUAGUCUGCCAUAGUAUCAUUAAUAUCUUGUGGGUUGUGGAUUUUAGAGCCUUGGGAGGUGAGCAGAUAGGGGAUUUUUGCAUUGGAUUGUUUUUGGCGUAGUAGAGUCGCUAGAUUCCUGCCUGCUUUGUUUCCUUGUGAGUAGGUUUUUUGUUUCAGCUUAUGUAAAAUGUGUGCUGUUUUAGAGAUUGCCAUGUUGUUGAUACUCGUCGUAGUAUCAUGGAUCGUCUGUGCUAGUUGUGGUGAUGGGUCUACUAUGUUUGCCGCUGUUGCGUCUCUUAAAGUGCGCAGCAGGUGUAGGUGUUCUUGUUGUGCUUUCUUUUUUAAAAAGGAGGCUCUGCUGAUGAGGAGUCCUCUGAUGACCGCUUUAUGGGCUUGCCACACAGUGGUCGGAUGGACAUCCGGCGUAUCAUUAGUUUGGAAAUAUGAUGUCAGGGCUUCUGUUAAUGUUGUAGUGAAUGUCUGGUCACCUAGAAGGGAAUCAUUGAGCCGCCACGGUGGCCGUCCCCUAUGUUGGUAUUCCUCAGUCAGCUCUAUUGUGGUCGGGGCAUGGUCUGACCAUGUUAUGUCCCCGAUUUCGCUAUUUGUUACUCUGGUAAGCAAUGUACCUGUUAUGAAAAUGAAGUCUAUCCGUGAAUAUGAUUUAUGCACUGCUGAAAAGAACGUGAACGUUUUCUCAUUAGGAUGGAAGGCUCUCCAAGGGUCGUAUAGGCCAUAUUCCCCUAGCAGUGUAUUGAUUGCUUUACUUUGUGCUUUGAGUGCUUUGUGCCUCGGUGUCGUGGUGUUUAGUGUGGUGUCCAUGUGUGGGUCAAGAGGGUGGUUAAGAUCUCCACAUAAUAUAAGUGGGGCAGUCUGGUUAGGUGGGAGUGCAGAGAGCACCUUACGUAGGAAGGCGCGUUGGUGUACAUUGGGAGCAUAGAAGCUGACUAUAAUAUAUGGCAGGUUAUUUAGGAGGCAAUGUAGCAUUACAAAUCUUCCUUGUUUGUCUUUGAUUAGGUUUAGGGCUUCAACUGUUAAGGAGGAAUGGAGAAGGAUUGAGGCCCCUCUCGAUUUGGAGGAGUGAGUUGCGUGAUAUUGGUGAGGGUAAUGUUGUGCUCCAAAGUUAGGCACCCUAGAUGUAACAAAAUGGGUCUCUUGUAAACAGAUAAUGUCCGCCUGAGUCUGUUUGGCUUCCUCCAGCAUCAUGCGCCUUUUAUGUGGGGUGUUUAGUCCCCUGCAAUUGUGUGAAUAUAUUUUCAUGUGAUGGGUGGGUGAUAAAGGGUGCUCGUUUGCAGUUCUGCUAUGCCUAUAUGGAUUUGCAGAUGUUGCAGGGUUCGUAUGGUGCACCGCUUAGACGGCGCCUGUGCGACUACGUUGUUGCGCCCGGGGGUGGGAGGUUCGGGAAUGACAGAGGAAAGGGGUGAAAGAAACCAAAGUAUAUACAGUAUGACCCAAACAUGGGUCUUGGCACAGUGGCAUCGUGCCAUGGGGGAGGAGCGCUGGAACAGCGUCUCUGGUAUUGUGGCCGUUGGGCUCCCUUGUACACAUAGUUGCUGUCUCUCCUCAGAGCUAUAAGUCAAUAGCGACCUAGGUAUUGUGCAUGGCAUUCUCAGUGCUGGCCUGUGGGCAUGGGUGGGAGAAUCAAAUCGGACCCAAGGGAAGGUUUUGCGGGGCGGUGUGCAGGUCACCGCUUGGUGCCUAUCGUGGUUUUCCCACUUGUUGUGUCGGUCUUUAUGAUGGGGUGUGGUUCUCCCAUCGUAACUUUUGGAUGUGAUGAGCCAGGCUACGUAGUUGGGCGGGGCGGUGCGGUUGCAGUGGGUUUGACCUACUCGUAAAACAAUAGUUGGUUAUAUGGUGUCAUGUACAAUUUUCUCUCUAUGGACAAUGUCCCGGUAAAUUACAUAAUCGUUGUGCACCUUUGUACAUUCUUGGAGUACCUGUCUUAUGUAUGCAUAGCCUCAACCUUGUAAAUAAUAGUUAGGUAUUAGGAUCACCUCCAACUACUGGUCUUUUCUUUGCCUAUACCAUGCCGCCCUUCCUUGUUGCCCAAAGUUUGCCCUGGUUAUCACCCAUGUGGUUUGUUUGGUUUUUUUAUAACAAUAUUUUUAAAUACAUAAAACAUUUAAAAUGGAGGAUUAUGUUUUCUAAACCAGAUUGAAAGUACAAUUGCAAUUGAUUUGCCAAACUGGGAUUUGCACAUUUUUAAGUCAAAGUAGCAAAAUUAAGAUUGUGCCAAAUUUUAACUGAAGACUUUUUUUUUUCAAUUUUUCCCACAAUUCUUGAAAACCAAAAUAUUUAAAGAAGUGUGUAUAACCAUAUACAAUAUAGAAUAUAUCAUGCUUGCUCCAGUGAAAUAUCUACAAGAAAAUAAAAACAUUGUAUUUUACAAUUUUAAAAAUAGUAAACACAUUUCUCAAAUAUAAUAUAGUACAAUAGUAAAGUACCCUUUGACAUGUUUGAAUUGUAACUCAAAUCGUAUGCUAAACUAGCAGAGGUAAAAAUAAUCUCAGAUGUAUCUGUGUCCUCCCCUCCCCCCUUCACCCACCCAAUUUGACAAUUUUACCAUAUUUUUGUAAUUCACUUUUGGAUUCAUCAGAAUUCACUGCUCAGUGGAUAACCUCUUUAUGUUAAUGUGCCUUGGGAUAUCUAGCACAGAUCCAGCACAUGAUGAAGCAUUCCUUUUGUGGUAUUCAGAAAGAACAGUGAUGGUUGUGUUUUAAUAUUUUUUUUUCGUUUGUUUUUGUUUCAUACUUUAAAUUUUCACUGGGAAUUUCUGAAACUAUUCCUCUGCCCUAAAUGAUUGUGGCAAGACCAGCUUUUUGACAGCACUUGCCACGGCCCCCGUGCAAUGUUCACCGGAUAUCACAAAGUGCAUAAGUGGCAGCGCUUUUAUCAUGCACUGCACUGGUUGAUUUUGCGAACUGUCCAAUGGUUCCAUUAAUGUCUCCAUAAUUCUUCUUUGGAAGAGUUGUAAUCACUUAGGCUCAACAAUCUAGAGGGACACAUCAGACCCCUAAAGCCCUUAAGCUUGCUGAAGUGCAUUAGGGGUAACCUGCUUGUCAUUCUUGUCCAAAUUCAUAAAAGUACAGAUUUCAAGAGAAAUUGGCACCUUUUUUUGAAUUCAUUUAGGUAUGCCCUCCAUGGAAGUUGAGUGGACAGCCAGGAGGGCUUCCUCACUCCCUCUGCUCAAAUGACACAUUUACCAUCCAUGCUCCUGCUUAUGUUGCAGACACAUAGAGGCACAAAGAGGCAACUGGAAGACAUCUGUGCCACUACAUGUAGUAUCCAAAAUAUCAGGCCCGUAAAGCGAGAUUCUUAAGUCUCUGUCCACCAGCCCACGGCUGGACCUGGUGACCUAGUGCCAUUCAUCUGCCUGUCCCUAGCAUCCAAGCAAGCUCCCAGGCUCCCUGACUGUUGAUCUAAAGCUGAAUGUAAUCUGUAGGUAAGGAUAUGUUGAGUUGCAUCUAGUUAUUUUUCUUGUCCUAGGUGUCUUUGGGUUGUAGUUCACCAGUUUCUUAGAUAAAACUCACAGACACCAUUGCCUAUAAAUUGCUACUUGAGAUAUAAGCUGAGCAAUGCUAUAGAAAAUCACCAGAGAGUGGGGUUUUGGAGCAAAUAUAGUAACUUCAAAUGUGAAUCUCUUAUUUUUGUUCCAUCCUUUUUGUUAUAUAUAAUUUUGUGAAACUUUAUAAAAUAGGUCAGUAGCAGCCAGGAGUAUUAUUUUUAUGAAGACUGUUGGACAUAUCACCCUCUCUAAAUAUCACACAAAGAAUGGUUUCAUCUCAAUUGCAUCAGUGGUAAAUAUCUUCCCCAAGGCACAUCAACGCAACGGCUUCCUGUGACUUGACGAAUCUACAUGUUUCUACCCCACAGUUUUCAUGAAUGUAGAGUUUACAAUUUUAUAAGUCCAUGCACACCAUAUAGGGUUUUCCACUUUUUUUUUUUUCUUCACUCAAAUUUUCUACAAGCUAACAAUUUAGGAGUAAAGUCUUUUGCUGUAUUUUAACAUCCAAAUGUUGGAGUACAAAUGUCAACAUACAGUAUGAACAGUACCUAAAUUACACAACUCCCACCUAUCCAUCAAAACAAAUUCAAAUAGCACUCUGACCACAGUCCACUCUUUCAAAUACUUGGGUAUGUUGUUAGACCCCAAUCUAUCUUUUGGCCUGCACAUAGGAAAAACUUGCAUCUAACCUUUAUUCAAAAUUAGGUGCCCUGUACAGAAACAAAUCCUGCCUAAGCCCUACAGUAAAGGAGGAAAAGAUUGUACAGCAAAUGCUGAAGCCAAUCAUUGAUUAUGGGGAUGUAGUAUACGCACUUGCACCGCAAACCCACAUUAAUAAACUCAAUACAUUGUAUAACUCGUUCUGCCCCUUUUGUGCUACAUGUAAUUACAGGACUCACCAUUGUGACAUGCUAAAAGAACUAAACUGGCUGUCGCUGGAAUCCAGACGCACCCUUCAUCUUUCCAGCCUUGUGUUUAAGAGCUUUUCUGGGAAGCUCCCGCCCUACCUGAACAAAAUGCUUUCCCCAACUGUUCCCACUUCCUAUAAGCUCUGAUCCAGUACCAACAUUUUAUUUAGUCUACCUCAAUACAAAAGGAAAGCAGCCCAAUCCUCCUUCUCUUACAGAGCGCCGCAAUUGUGGAACGACCUCCCGCACACCUUAAAAUCUUCCCCAAGCCUAAAGUCCUUUAACCCCUUAAAGACAUGUGACAUGUCAUGAUUCCCUUUUAUUCCAGAAGUUUGAUCAUUAAGGGGUUAAGAGAUCCCUCUCUACAUACCUCAAAACAGAAUGCACAUGUUAUGGUUGAUUAUAUAUUUCCUACCUAUUCUAUGUUAAAUUUUCUAUAUAUUGUUUUUGUAUUUUAUUGUACCAUAAUGUAUCAAUGCAAUGUUUUGUGGACCCAGGACAUACUUGAAAACAAGAUAAAUCUCAUUGUAUCUUUCCUCUUAAAAUAUUUUAUAAAUAAAUACAGUAUGAGCUUGCAAGUGUUCCAUAGACUUAACACCUUUUUCACGUAACUGAUCUAGGCCUCCACAAUUACAUUGAUGUGCUUGUUUUAUAGAUCAGUGGUAGCGAACAUUUUGCCUAAUAGUUACUGCAAAAAUGCAACUCACACUAUGCUCAGCAAGCUAUACAUACACACAUUUUCAAGAUGAUUUCUGAAUAUUAUGGGAUGAUCACCCCCACGCUUUAUGAAUAAUUUGAUUUUCAAAACUAAACUGAUCAACACAAUGACUUCUAUCACAACAAAGGUAAUAUGUCUAAUUAACCACUAGCACUUAUCACCAUAUGUCAGAGUGGAAAUAGUCACCUUGACAUGCUUACUAAUGGGGAAACAUUUUAUUGUGGUAAUGAUGCCAGUGACCAAUGAGAAUCUGAGAUUCCUGGAACUAUGCUUAUUAAAGGAUCACUAUAGGGUCAGGAACACAAACAUGUAUUCCCGACCUCAGAGUGCUAAACCCACCAUUUAGGUGGCUUGCCCCCCUAUAAAAGUUUAAAACUGGCUCCACCCCCUUUGUGGCAUCAUCAAAAUUGCUGAUUGAAUCAAUACAUCUCUAUGAGGAAAAUUCUGUGUCUCUAUGCAGAACAUGGGGACGCUGAACGGCAGGGCUGCCUACUGUGCAACCCUGAGCCAGGAAGCCCCUCCAGUGGCCAUCUAAGAAUUGGCCACUUGGGGUGUUCUCUGAAAAGGCAGUGUUUACAUGAAAAUGCCUGAAGGGAGCUAUUAUACUCACCUGAACAACUACAUUGAGCUGUAGUUGUUCUGGUGACUAUAGUGUCCCUUUAACUACUAGUAUUCCAGACAAGUUGAAGUGCUCAGAUGACCUUUCUAUUAAUACAGAAAGCCCACUGUACGCAAGAGCAGUCCAGAUUCAUUUAUACAUUCAUUUCCGCUUUUAUUUAAAAAAGACAAACAAACAGUUGUACAGGUUUUACAGUUACCAAAUGAAGCAAAAGAGAAAAAUUUAAUUUAGGUUUUUUUUUUUCUUGCCAGAGAAAAGAGAUGAAAAGUAGAUAUUUUAUUCCAUAGUCUGAAUAAGCAAUGUAAUAAUGCUGUUUGAAAUGCGCCAACAUGCUCUGAAUUCCUAGAAUCAUUCACUCUGAAAUGCAAUUUUAUUGGAAAUAUCUUAUUCUGAUGUAAAUGUAAAAGGAAUAAACAGGUUAUAUUUCUUUCAGAGAAUGAUACACUUUGUAUCUUUUCACCGUCAUCGGAAUUUCCUAAAGGAGUUUUUACAGAUCAGGAGAGGAAAGAUGGAGGGAUCGUUAUUCAUUUUAUAAUCAUACUAUACAUGUUUCUUGCUGUGUCCAUUGUGUGUGAAGACUAUUUCAUCCCCUCACUGGAAGUAAUAAGUGAACGUGAGUAUUAUGGGUAAUUUGUACAGAUAAGUGCUGUGUAUGUAUGGAUAACUGUGAAACAUACAUAAUGUGAAAACUCCAUCCAGGGUUUCUGAAGAGAUCAUAGACGUCAAUAUAUUUUAUUAUUGAGUAUCUUAUAUCAUAUAGAUUUUUAUUAAUUUGUUUUUAUUAUAUUUUUUUAUUUAAAAAACAAAUUUUGGGGUCUUGUUUCACGAGUUGGCUAUUAAAUCUCUCACUCAUCACACAGCCCAGGGCAUGGAUGUAAUCCACAGUUCAACUUCCCACCCACACUCUGGUACUUCCCACAGAGUGGAACCAAGAUUUUAGAACUCUUACUGCCCACCUUGGGUCAUAACAUUUAACAGAUGGUUCCAUUUAGAUAAGGUUAGAAAAGGAAGCCAUUUAUUAUUGUUUAUUUCAAAGAAUAUUAAUUCUGCUGUCAUUUUGUCCCAUUUUAAGGCCUUGGUCUUUCUCAGGAUGUUGCUGGAGCAACUUUCAUGGCUGUCGGAAGUUCAGCCCCAGAGUUUGUCACAGUGUUUCUAGGUAACGACUGAUACAAAUGUUAUACAUACCAUCGAAGAUGUACAUUAUGCCAGUAAUGGUAGCAUUGUUUUUACUCGAGACAUGGGAGUAAUGGAAAAAGUUUUAAAGGGACACUAUAAGCACCAAAACAACAUUAAUGGAGUGGUGAAUAGAUCAUGUCCCUGCAACCUGAUUGUGCAAUUCUCUGCCAUUCAGGAGUUAAAUACCUUUGUUAAUGCAGCCCUUGUCACACCUCCACUGCUUGUGACCUACACAUUUCCUGUAAAGAGAGAUCUAAUGUUUAAACGUCUUUCAUAGUACAGCAUGUUUAAUUUAGAAUUGCAAUAGCCUGCCAGAGCCUGCAUAAACCUCCAGUGACUAAAGCUCUAUUAACAGAGCAGGAGAUAAGAACGAGACUACAGGGGCAUGAUCUAUACCAGUGAUGGCGAACCUAUGGCACGCGUGCCACAGGUGGCACGCCAGGCCCUCUCUGUUGGCACGCGGCCAUAGGUCGCCAGGAGAGGGGGCCGCUGGCUGUCUGCAGAGUAGGCACCUGCCUGCCCAAAACGGCAGGUGCCUACUCUGCUUCUGGGUCGGGAGGCAGGGGCGGGGGGGGGCUCUAGGAAGCAGCUCUCCUAUCCUCCUGCGAGCAAGCUGUGUGGAGCGUUGUCGCACGUUACCUUGGCAACGCUCCACACAGCGUCGCGUGUGAGGAUAGGGGAGCUGCUUCCUACAAUACUUACCACCCCCGGACCACCAGGGAUGGCUGUGUCCCCCCUCCUUCACCAAAGGUAAGAGGAAGGGAGGGGGGAUACAGAAUUAAUAUAACUUUUUUUUUAAAUGUAUCUUUACCCCUACCCUCCCUACCCCCCAAAGCACAGCACCCCUAUACCCCCACACAGCACACCUACCCCUACCCCUGCACACACAGCACCCCUCAGACACACACACAGCAGUCCACACCCUUACACACAAACACAUACACUGCACCCCUCAAUGCAGUAUGUAUGUGUAUAUUCAGCAGUCUGUGUGUGUGUGUGUAUAUAUAUUCAGCAGUCUGUGUGUGUGUGUGUGUGUGUAUUCAGCAGUCUGUGUGUGUGUAUUCAGCAGUCUGUGUGUGUGUGUAUAUAUUCAGCAGUCUGUGUGUGUGUGGGUGUGUGUGUAUAUUCAGCAGUCUGUGUGUGUGUGUAUUCAGCAGUCUGUCUGUAUGUGUAUUUAGCGGACUGUGUGUGUAUUUAGCGGACUGUGUGUGUAUUUAGCGGACUGUGUGUGUGUAUUUAGCGGACUGUGUGUGUAUUUAGCGGACUGUGUGUGUAUUUAGCGGACUGUGUGUGUGUGUGUUCAGCAGUCUGUGUGUAUGUAUUGCAUUUGUUGGAGAUACUAAUAAAUAUAAGCUUAAUUUUAUCUAUUUAUAUCAUAAUUUAAAAUUUGUAUCAUUGAACUCUCUGUUGUGUUCUUCUUUUAAAACAAAAGUUGUUAAUUAGUUCGGACAACUGUACGAGUAGUUUUUUUUCUAAAGUUAAACCUCAGUAUUCAGGUUUAAUUGCCAUGUUGGCACUUUGAGGAAAAAAAAGUUGGUGUGUAUUGCAGUUUGGGCACUCAGGCUCAAAAAGGUUCGCCAUCACUGAUCUAUACAGUAAAACUGCUUCAUUAAGCUAAAGUUGUUUGGUGCUUAGAUUAUCCCUUUAACUGUCUACUGUUUACAUCUAAGGAGUCUUUUCUAUCCGGAUAAUGCAAGAUUAGUAUGUUUAAUAUAAUAUUUAUUAGGCUUUCUCUUUCAUAGACCCAUUUCAAAAUGUACCAUUUUUUUGUUGUUGUUCUUAGGUGUCUUUGUUACUAAGGGAGAUAUUGGAGUGAGCACUAUUGUUGGAUCUGCCGUUUACAAUCUGCUUGGGAUAUGUGCUGCCUGCUGUCUGCUGUCUCCUGCGGUAAGGAAUCCAAUAACUCUUAAUUUUGCAGCAGUGAAACUAUAUUUUUCUUUUCUCACUUAAUAUUUUUAUUUCUGUAUUUGCCUUUUUUUCCUCUAUUUUGUCUAAAACAUUAAGUACCAGAAUAUAAAAAAUUAAAAUUAAAUAUUAAAUUGAAUAUAUUUUUUUAAGAUUGCAGUACUCCAGUUUGGCAUUCCAAUCGCCACACAAGGUGGUAGGAAUGUAAAUAUCUUGUGCCUGGAAACCAUUUAUUUUUCUGCACUUCCAUUAAGUUGGUACUUUAUAUCAGUCGGGUAACAGGAGUAUGUAGAAAACCAUGUUGGUGUGUAUGAUUUGCAAGGUCUGUAAGCCCCCAUGAGCAUAGCCAGAGGGAUAUACUUUACUUGAUAGAUCUUGAAGGUGAACUCUCUCAACUUUUUUCAUAUGGUGUUGGGUUUUCUUUUAGAUGUAUAUUUAAAAGGACAUUACAAUCCAGUUUAGUCCAGGCACAUCCAUGGCACACAAUGCAAAUAAGGAGGAGUAAAAAUAUUUCUCCUCUUCCCUGUAUGUAUUGUUUAUGCGGCCUGCCAGGUGUGAAGGACAGAGCUCACAGCAAUAACUGGGAGCUCAGAUGGCGGCACCCAAUUAGUGGACAAUGAUGUGUGAAUUUCUAUGUUUAAUUUUAUUUUUGACACCUCACAAAUGCAUAUUUAAGAGAAUGACAAAAUUAUUCACUAAAAAGCCUCUGAAAGUGUGUCAUAUCUAGGGUUUAUCAGUUUGAUGUAUUUUAAAAUGCCCACUGCUGUCACAAUAGGUUUGGUCUUUUAGCAAAAAGCAGCAAGGUGAAUUCUAGGCGUAGGGUUCAGCCAAGAGGUUUGCGUUGGUGCAGCAGAUGAUCUUAUACUUUAAUAGACAUUACAGUUGUUCUUUUAAGUAAAUGGACAUAGGGAUUCAGGAUAGUGCUCAGGUAACUUGAAUGUUUAUUUUGUUUCUUAGAAACAAUCUGUCAUAAAACAGAGACAACUGUACUUCACUCUAUAACUAUAUACUCGCUAAAGCUCCACCUAGUGUCCAAUCUGCCUAGCACAGUCAUUAAAUCUAUGGAAUGGUGUUGAUAUUCCAACAUGAAUAAGUACAGAUUUAUGAGAAAAUUAGCUUAGAACAUAUUUCUGCAUUACUAAAUUAUAUAGCUAGUUAUAGGAAAUAAGCACAAGUCAACAAUAAAUAAUCUGCAAAAGUCAGGACUUUUCUGAAUACAAACCCCCAAAAUAUAGUGGGGGCUUCCCUGACUGCUAUGAGCAUGGGUUAAAGUGCUAAAACAAUGGGUCUUAUCCCUUUAUUUUGGGACGUUGCCCUAGAUGUUGAAGUUAAUGCUGUAAGUAUGUCCAGUCCACCUUUGCCUUUUCCACAUCCAUAGACCUAUUAAAUACAUGACAAACAGAGACAACACACCUGAUCAACAAAGUUUUAUUGGGUUGUGUUGUCUUUAUGGGAUGAAACAAACCCUUCUUGAUCAGGGUGAACUAGAUUUGGAAGGAAGCUGUAUCUCAGCUAAUUUAGAAAAUAAUUGAAAAUCUGUAUUUAAUGGGGCAACAAGCCUAUAGCUACCACAUUUUUCUGUUUUUGAGUCUUGUUAGGCAUAUGGAUAACCAAAAUAUGUGCUACAAGGAAAGAAAAUUAUAAAGUGGUGUUAAAAGUGAUGGAUGACAAAUACGCACCACUUUUAUGGUGUGGGGAUUAAUGUGAGAGGAGAAAAAAGUAUAUGCUUUAAACUGGGCAGUGUGUAUAUUUCAGCAUCUUUGCUAGUUAUAUUAGGUCCUUGUAUAUCAUUUUAGAUUAAACAUAUCUGCCUUGUUGGCAUGCCACAAUAAUUAGUAAAUUGCAAAUGUAAUCUUUAUUUUGCCCAGAUAUCCAGGCUGUCCUGCUGGCCUUUAUUUAGAGACUGUGUGGCCUAUGCAAUUAGCGUAGCAGCUGUAAUUGCAAUAACAUUUGACAACAGGAUUUAUUGGUAGGUACCCAUUAUUUAUUUAUUUAUUUAUUUAUUUAUUUUAUAUAUAUAUAUAUAUAUAUAUAUAUAUAUAUAUAUAUAUAUAUAUAUAUUAUUUGCUUCUUAGUUAAAUGCUCUGUUAUCAAAUGUUAUAACACUGAAUUUUCCCUUUAUUUUUCAAUAAGGGGCUCUUUGCUCUUUAUUUUUCUAAUUUUGUAUGUUAAAUAUCAGUUUGUUUUGGAUAUGUCCUUUUUUGUGUGUGUAUUAUAGGCGUUCAUCAUCAAUAACAUUAACCGUGCAUGUUGGUCUCAUUAAAUACUAGUUUGUUCUGUGGUCUUGUUUGCAACCUACUUUUUGUAGUAACAUAUUUUGUAGUUGCCUUCACCAACCUCUGUACUGCCUCUAAUCUCUCCAAUAUUCCUUUUCCUCUAUCUGACCACCAUCUGCUGACUUUUGACAAUGGCAUACCUAAGACCCAAUUGACACCUCCGUCUGAACAUCACUCUAACAGAAACCUCCAAUGUCUUGACCUAGAGCAUUUCUCCACUAAUCUCCAAACUCUCCUUUCUCCUGUCCUAGUUCUGCAACCUCCUUCUACAAUUCCACCCUCUCCUCUCAACUAGAUAUCAUGGCACCUUGUACAUUUAAACGCCGCAGGCCCCCCCAACAACAACCCUGGCACACCAAGCUCACUCGAUACCUCCAAAAAUGCUCCAGAACUGCUGAACGCUGUUGGAGAAAGUCUCACUGUGCAUCUGACUUUCUCCACUAUAAAUUUAUGCUGAGCUCAUACAGCUUGGCUCUUUCCUCUGCAAAAGUUAAUUACUUCAAUACCCUCAUAACCACACUCUCCCGCGAACCCAAACGACUAUUUCACACAUUUAACUCUCUUCUUCACCCUGCUGUUCCUCCUCCACCUAUUAACUUGACCGCCUCAGACUUUGCAACUCACUUCACUGACAAGAUCUCUACAAUCAGAGAAGAGAUCUCUCAUCUUUCCUCUUCCCCUAACUUCACUCCCUCUGCUGUUCUAUGUUCAUUCGCACCCGCUACAUUGGAAGAGGUUUCUGCUCUGCUCCAGUCCUCCUGCCCCACCACCUGCUCCCUAGAUCCAAUUCCCUCGCAUCUCAUCCGUACUCUGUCUUCUCUUUCUCCACCUCUCACUAAAAUUCUCAAUCUCUCCUCUAGUAUAUUGCCAUUGCCCUUCAAACAUGCAACUGUAACCCCAAUUCUAAAGAAGCCCAAUCUUGACCAUAACUCCCCAUCCAACUAUCGUCCUAUCUCGUUACUGCCUUUUGCAUCCAAGAUCCUUGAAAUAUUUCUGUAUGCGAGAUUGACAGACUUCCCCGAGUCCAACUCUCUGCUAGAGCCGCUUCAGUCUGGUUUCCGCGCUAAGCACUCUGUGGAAACGGCACUGACCAAAGUAUCCAAUGAUCUACUCGCUACAAAAUCGCGUGGUCACUACUCUAUCCUAAUUCUCCUUGACCUGUCUGUGGCUUUUGACACUGUUGAUCAUCAACAACUUCUUCUCAUCCUCCGCAAUAUCGGUCUACAAGAUACUGCUCUCUCCUGGUGCCCCUCCUACCUCUCCCAGCGCUCUUUCAGUGUUUCUUUCUCUGGCUCUGCUUCUUCUCCCCAACUCCUCUCUGUUGGUGUCCCCCAAGGUUCAGUCCUUGGCCCCCUACUGUUCUCCAUCUAUACUGCCUCCCUUGGUAAACUCAUUAGCUCCUUUGGCUUUCAAUAUCAUUUCUAUGCAGAUGACAUGCAAAUCUACCUGUCCUCUCCUGAUCUCUCCCCGUCCCUCUUGACUAGUGUCUCUGACUGCCUCUCUGCUGUUUCUAACUGGAUGGCUGCCCACUUCCUUAAACUAAACUUGACCAAAACUGAAAUUCUGGUCUUUCCUCCCUCAAGUGUUGUUACUCCUGAUGCUUCCCUCCAAGUCAACGGUGCUACCAUCAGCUCCACCACGCAGGCUCACUGCCUAGGUGUUCUCUUUGACUCCGACCUCUCCUUCAAGCCUCAUGUUCAAUCUAUCGCCAAAUCUUGUAAUUUCCAUCUCAAAAACAUUGCGCGCAUCUGCCCCUACUUAAUGCCAGAUGCGACUAAGGUGUUGGUCCAUUCCACUGUCCUUUCUCGCCUUGACUACUGUGAUCCGCUUCUCAGUGAUCUUCCGUUCUCCCAACUUGCGCUGUUACAGUCCAUAAUGAAUGUGGCAGCAAGGCUCAUCUUCCUGUCCACACGCACCUCCCAUGCCUCACCCUUCUGUCAGUCCCUACAUUGGCUUCCUAUAAAAUAUAGAGCUCAAUUUAAAAUUCUGGUUCUUGCUUUCAAAUCUCUAAAAAAUGCUGCUCCCACCUAUCUAUCCUCCCUUAUACACAAGUAUGUCCCGUCUAGGCCCUUAUGAUCUACUGAAGACUUCCGUCUAUCUUCUGUCCGUACUCCCACCUCUGAUGCUCGCCUUCAAGAUUUCUCGAGGGCUGCACUGUUCCUGUGGAACUCACUUCCUUCCUCCGUUAGAUGCUCACCCAGUCUCCACUCCUUCAAAAAAAUUUUAAAAACUUACUUCUUCAUAAAAGCGUAUCAAUUAAACUGUUCAUAGCUCCUGACUGAUUCCUCUUCUGCAACUGUCAUUAGUCUAAUACUAUCCUUACCUUUUUGUGUCAUUUUACCCCACUCCCUCUAGCAUGUAAGCUCAUUGAGCAGGGCCCUCAACCCCUCUGUUCCUGUGUGUCCAACUUGUCUGGUUACAACUACAUGUCUGUUCGUCCACCCAUUGUAAAGCGCUGCAGAAUUUGACGGCGCUUUAUAAAUAUCAUAAUAAUAAUAAUAAUAAUACAUGAAAUACAAUUUGUAUGUAUAUUUUUUAGGUGCCCUAUAACAAAAGCCAACUCAUCGACUGAUUUGCAUUUCAUGUUUUUAUUUUUUUUAUCUCACUUUGGUAGCUAAUGAUGUAAAUAAAAUGAGCCUGGUUGUCCAGUUUGAAUUGUAAAACAUGGGCUAUCUUUUUGUUUAUUACUUCCUGACUGGACUGGCGUAGACCUAGGAGACAUAAGCUCAAUACACAGAGAAUGAUUUAAACCAAAAGGCACAACAAUUCUUCACAUCUGUAUAAGCAAUGUACUUAACAAGAUUGGUAGAAUGCAAUAGGCGCUGGGGGUAGAGCCAACUUGAUGGUCUUGUCCAAAGCUUGGGUUGUUAUGUAGGCAAAGCGUCUUUAGAUAAGCUGGUCACAUAAAGAUUUGACAAGAACAGAAUCCCUGCCAAGCUAAGGAAAGUGCGAUACCUUGUAUCUUCUGGUUUGUUCAGUGGUGCAGAAAUAGCAAACAUUGAACCAGGUAUACGGCUUGGUGAAAAACCAACAAGGACAUGGAACAAAUGAGAUGGGAGACUGGGGAACAUGAUAAGCAAGGCUAAGUCCGAGUAUGUAAUAGGAUGUGCACAAUAAGGAAAUGCAUAGACAUUGACCGGUUUUUGGAACACUUUACUGAUAAACAGCUGUAAUUCUUAGGAAGUUCUGUAGCAAGUACAGAUUGUUGUGAAAGACUAAAACCAUUGUAAAUGCAAAACAUUUAAAUAAUCCAUACAUACGUGGAAUAGUCAUAUGAAUUGUAUGAAAGUCUAAUUUGUAGAAAUACAAUCUGCCAUUUAAUUUUUAUUUGAUUUUAUUUCACAGGUAUGAGUCCGCUUCAUUGAUUUUAGUAUACGGGUUUUAUAUUUUGAUGAUGUGUUUUGACAUUAAAAUCAAUCAGUACAUAAUGAGAAAAUUUAGCCCUUGUUGUGCAUGUUGCACUGAAGCUUUGGAAGAACCCGCAGAGCAGCAGCCAUUGAUAGGGCGGAAAGAAGACAAUGUUCGAAGUGGUCGACGCCACUCAAGGUCAGAUAGUGGAAUUUUCCAAGAGGACUCAGAUUAUUCUCAACUUUCUAUAAGUUUGCAUGGAAUUGAAGUUUCUGAAGGUAAGCCAUCUGUAAAUUGAAGAUUUCAAUAGCAAAAUUUCUUUUUAUUUAUUUUGUUGUUUUACAAAUAUUCAAUUUACGCAAUUAAUUUACGCAAUUAAUGAUUAGAUAUUUGUUCAAUAAAGAUCCAUCCAUGUUGCAUCAAAAGAUUUUAAACCUAAGCAAUGAAAUGCUGUACAGGUAUCUAGAAAUGCUGAAGGUGGAGUGCACAUCAUUGGUUUGCUUAAGGUGUCCAGGAGCAGACAUUCCGGGUCACAUGGUGUCACAUGUGACACCCGAUUUCCCCUCAGUCCUCCAGGUCAGUUUUGUCUGUCACCUGUUGUCGCGAAAAGUAAGGGAAUGUGUUGUGAAAGUGCUUGAUUACCAAGCACUUAAGUCCAUAUGAGAGUGCAUUAGCAUUGACCAGUGUGUAGACAUCCUGGUGAACAUACAAACAAGGAUGACGCACCCUUUUGUGGACAGGCAAGUUGUCUGUGGUGCAAAUUGUGUCAUGGCCCUGCCCACUGGUCACACCCCCAUCCAUCCUCUCUCCAUAUCUGAUCUGCCAGGCUUUGUAGAUCUGAAGAAAUGUUGUAGUAGGAUUUAAAGCCACAAUGGAACAUGUCAAGAAUAUAGACAGGGCAUACAUGAUACAUCAAGGCUAUGCCCCAAAGGCUUUUAAGCCCUAAGGCAGUCGGUCAUAGCCUAUCAAGUGGAGAAAUUAAUUGAAGUAAAGAUACAUAUGCCCGUUAUUAAAGUGGCAUUGUAGUAAAAUUUGGGUUUAAGUGGUCUAUUUGUAUUGCAACUGUUGUACUAUUGAAUUUUAAUUUAAGUUUUAUUUUUAAUAUAUAUUUUUUUAUUAUUUAAUUAUAUAUUUAUUUCUAACAGAUAUUCCAAGUGUUUUCUCAAUGCCAGACAAAGAUUUGAAAAGAAUUAUAUGGGUUUUGUCGUUGCCUAUAAUUGCCUUGCUGUUCCUGACUGUCCCUGACUGCAGACGGAAGACCUGGAGAAAGUGGUUCAUUUUGACCUUUAUAAUGUCUGCUGUUUGGAUUUCUGCAGUGACAUACAUUUUAGUUUGGAUGGUAACGAUAGUGGGUAGGUAUAUUAUAUAUUAUUUGUAUUUAAUUUUUAAACAAUAAAAAAAAAAAGGUUUUAUUAACCCAUUUACAGCAUUAAGGCAUGCUAUGCAGGCAUGCGGGGAUAAAUGCUAUUAUUGCAGCAUAGCAUGCUGCAUUUUAGCCCUCCCCCUUGCCCGCCUCCCUAAGCACAGUGCAGAUUGCGCUCUGGGGACCUGUCUGGUAACCCAGGCAGUCCGCCUGUAGCCAACUGCAACAAUUUGCAGCACAAGAUCGAUCACUGUUACAAUGUCUCAGCAAAUGAUUUGAAACACUGGCUGAGACAUUGUCUCUGCUUUCCUUCCCCUCACUUUAAUCUUAUAUGAGAGAGGCAGAGCGAUCGUUGCCAAACCUUGUCAAAGCUUUAAAAGUGAAGACAUUUUUUGCAGUUUUUGUAAAAAAGUGGCUACUAAAAAAGACUGGACCUACCCCAUUUUGAAUACCCUAGGCACUCUACUUGCCACGGUGGGGGUAAUUUUACUUUCCUGGGCUGCUUUACAGUCUCAAAGACAACAUAGCUCAGCAAACCAAUCUGACAAAUGUCAAUGUGUGAAAGCUGAAAUAGGUAAGCUCUAUAUAACGCAAAGGUGGGGUAGAGCUGCGCCACAAUACAAUAAUAAAAUGUAGGUAUAUAUCUUUUUAGUUCCAAAAGUCUUGUAUAAGGUACUUGAAACCAAUAGGGUCUUUAGAGCCAGACGGUGGUGUUCUUUACACUUCACAGAUGUCCGUAUAUACAGAGAGGGUUGAUAAGAAGUGAAGAAGCUAAUAGUGCAUUAAGUCUCACUGGGUAUAGAUAAGACAGUAAAAUAAUAGGGUUACACUCACAUUUGGUAGAGCUUAAACCAGCUCUGGUGUGUAUAGCGUACAGUGGUAUAAUCCCCACUGGAAGGAUAUGACGUGAGUGUUCUUGAUGAUGGAAGUGUCGGGAACCCAAAGCAACAAAAUAAAAGGCAACGAUAGGGUCUGCUAAAAAAGACUGGACCUACCCCAUUUUGAAUACCCUAGGCAGUCUACUUGCCAUGAUGGGGGUAAUUUUUUAUUCCUGGGCUGCCUUACUGUCACAAAAACAACAUAGCUCAGCAAACCAAUCUGACAAAUGUCGAUGUGUAAAAGCUGAAAUAGGCAAGAUCUAUAUUUUGACCUUGUACAUUUCGAAAACCCCUAAAAUCUGUACAUGGGGGGGUUACAGUUGUACUUGUGAGACAUUGCUGAACACAAAUGAGUGUUAACAGUAUUAUAACAUUCACAGUUAAAAUGCCAUGCAGAUCUUGGAAAAUAACAUUUCUUAAUUUCUCACAUGUUUUUUUAGAUUUUAUUGAUAGGAAGUUAUGUUUAAUAUGUAAAUGUUUGAUGUGAAAGGAAAGCCUUAUUUCUUCUCAACAAAAUAAUAUAUACGUGUGGAUGCACUUAAUUUGAAAGAGGGAAAUUUAUAGAUGAACAAAUGUAUAGCUCAAAUUUCACUAAAAAAAACAAGCAGUAAAAUACAGCUGGGUCGUGACUUGACGAAAGGACUUUUCUUGAUGUUUGUUUGAACAUGGGAAAGUAUACUAAUCAUUCAACUAAAUAACAUUAAUUUUCACUUCUAUAGUAGGAAUGUCCUACAGGGUACUGUACUAGCUAAAUGUAUAUUCCUUCCUACCAUUCUUAAAAUAAAUUGUGUUUUAUUAAAGAUUGAUGAUCAAACAAUACACAUAAACCAAUAGUACAAAUCAGAAACCAGCUAAAGAGCUUCUGUUGUUCUCUGUCCAAACCCGUGCAUAGCUGAAAUUCUUCAAGACCCUCUCUUUUUUUUUUUCUCUGGCCCUAAGGAUUUAUGUCACAUGCUGUUAUUUUAAAAGGCUAUGAUUAGAAGGACAUAGUCACCUGACUCAAAAUAUGACAUGACCAUAUGUCUUCUGAAUGUAAUAGGAUUAUUCUUUUGAUAUUCACAUGGAAACCUCAAAGUUCUCUUUAGCUUAAUUUUAACAAGCUGCUCUCUCUGUGAACCAUAAGCAAAAAUUCAAAAGCUAAAAUCUUUGAAUUGGCGUCAUUCAAAUAAAAGGGGGUUACAUUUUAGAAAUACUGGUUUUAAACAAAAUCCUAUUUAUGCACAUGUAGUAGAUGAGGAACACACAUGUAGGUAAGAAUUGAGGGUUUGAGAGCCUGCUCCUGACUUUGCCUCUAAAAUAUCUUGUGUAGUUAACAGGACACUGUGGCCAUUAAAGCACGUUAAUACCAGGAGUCCCUGAUUUGACACUUUCCUUAAUCUCCAUGGUGCCCACAGACUGUUUCUACACUGAUAUCACUAAAGCUGAAGUUACCAUUUUGUUUUAGCAUUGGCAAAUUCAGUUGUGUCAUUAUAGAAUUAAUUUUCUGAGAGCAUCAGUUGACAGUAAAUUACGUUUAAAAUAAAGGCAAAAUGGGUAUAUAAAUUUUGCAGAAAGCAACUGUAGCUAACAUCAGGAGACACCUGGCACCAUAACCAUGUCAGUAGGUUGUAGUGGCUAUGGCUGAAAAGUCUUUACCAGGUCACACACCGUAAUUGUAGGGUUAUUUUGUCAACUUAAAAAUAAAAUGCAAGCAGAAACUGAGAAAUAAAAAAAUAUUGUGCAAUUGUCCACACUUCUUUUUUUUUUUUCUCUUUUUUUGUAAAAAAUAUUAGAAAUGCCAAAGCUUGCAUAGUGCAAUUUAAAAGACAUUGCAUGCAGUGACAUCUUCCACACUUACUUUCUUUUAAGAGUCUGUACCUGGAGCUUUGAUUUUAGUAGGUGGAAUUAUGCCUGGCAAAUUUACUCAAGCAAUUGAGAUUUGAGCCAAUCCUCUUAGUGUGAGUGCGCUGGUAUACUAUUAGUGAUAAACUACAUUUUGUUUUAUAUUUGGCUAUCCAAAAUACACUAGAUUAUAUUCUUUAUAUCUUCACUUGUAGUUUUUGAGCUUGCUAAGUAACCCUACCAUUAAAGGGUUACUCCUAUGUCUAUAACCACUACUGCUUUUAGAAGUUGUAGUGUAGCAAAGAAUCUGUCUGCUUGAAAAGCUGCACAUUUAACCCUUUAAGGACCGAGGAUGUACUAGGUACGUCCAGUGGUGUAUCCUGGUUUUGUGCUGCCCUAGGCAGGACAAAACUCAGGCGCCACCCCCACCCAACCCUUCCCCCCGCCCCACCUUUCUAAAAAUACACACACACAGUCAGUCACACACACACACACAGUCACACACAGUCAGACACACACACAGUCAGACACACACACACACAGUCAGACACACACACACACAGUCAGACACACACACAGUCAGACACACACACAGUCAGACACACACUCACAAACACACACAAACACACACACAGUCAGACACAUACACAUUAACUUUUUAAUCCCCCAACCUCUUUACCUUUGGGAGUGCUGGGGGGGGGCCUCUCUCCCUGGUGGUCCAGUGGCUGCGGGCGACAGGGCUGGCUGGCAGGCUGGUUAGGAGACUUCCUUUGAGCCAGCGCUCAGCUCCUCGCUGCUGCGGAGAGGGAGCUGGGAGCCGGAAGAUGACGCCAUCUUCCGCCCCAGCCUCACUCUGGGCACACGAGGAGCUGAGCAGUCAGCUCAUAGGAAGUGCUCUCCUCGCCAGCCACCGCCCGCCAGCUGAUGUCAGUUAGCCACAAGGCUAACUAGGCAUUUGCCCCCUGGGCAUUUGGGGCGGCGCUUUUACUGAAAAAUGCGCCCAAGGCAAAUGCCUUUGCUCCCUCAGGCUAAUCGCCCUGGCACGUCCGACAAAAAUAUGGUCCUUAACUAAUCACGCAUGUACCUAGUACACCCUAGCAAUCUUUCUUACUUACCCGAUCGGGCGCCUCCCCCACCCCCAAAAUGCCCCUUCAGAUUUCUGUACUGGUUGGGGUAUGUAUAUUGUGUAUGGAUGACUUACAGCUUACCUAGAGUUUUAAUGGCAUGGACUGAAAUGCUGGCCCGACGCUGUAGAUGCGGCCCCUAUCACAAACCAGUGUCCUGAAUAAUGGCUAGGGUUCAUACCGAAGCCUUGUUAACAAUAACCGUAUAUAAACCAUGCACCUUAGAGGUAGUGAGGACAGCCCAGUGAAGUCACAGUAGUUGGAAGAGAUUCAAUAUUCAGUGCGGUGAGGAGGUAGGAAUCAAAAACAUUCACCGGGCAAGCACCUAUAUAUUAUUCGUGGGAUGGUAUGGAAAGUGGACGGGUUGACCCAGUUGACUUGUUUUGGUCACUGGUAGAGCCAGUAUGUAAUGAUCUUGAUGUUUUAAUUAGAUAGGAGCUUCAAGGGGCAACCUUGUGCAUUGUGUUGGCCUCUGGUGAAUUCUCGUGGCCUCAGGAAAUGAAAAGGUACAACAUGAAAUACCUUAGAACCUGGAGGAGUAAUACUGUGUACAUUAACUGGCGGAAUCUGCCAGACCGUGUGCAGGUGCCCUGAGGGCUAAGGAAAUUGUUAAAACAUGUAGUGACAACCAAUAUAUACCUUGCAACCAUUUGAGGGGUAACACAAGCAACUUAGACUAAACCAGAUGGCAUGAAUAUGAAAAUACCAGCAUUUGACAUCAACUAUAACCUAAUAGCAUUAAGACAUAUAGCAAAGUACUAAUAAUGCAGAAAUUCAGGAAAGGAUGUGAAUCGUGAACCUGUCACAUGUAAAAGCCCCUGUUGCCUGAAAAUAAUGGGAUAGCCAGUGGCGCAUACAUGACCCAUGGGGCCCCGGUGCGAAAAUUGAUCCUGCGGGGCCCCCAGCGCUUGGCCAGGCCGCGAACACAUGGCGGUGGGCACCCGUCCAGGGAUUACAGGGCUGCGACCCCUGUAUGUACGCCAGUACAUGCAGAUGCACACACACUUAAAGGACCACUCUAGGCACCCAGACCACUUCAUCUUAAUGAAGUUGUCUGGGUGCCAGGUCCAGCUAGGGUUAACCCAUUUUUUCAUAAACAUAGCAGUUUCAGAGAAGCUUGCGUUUGCGUGCUUCUCACUGUGAUUUUGCCGCUCUUGCCGCGUGUGCGCAUACAGCCGACGGGGAGGAGAAGAGGAUGAUCGGAGGAGGAGAGCUCUCCGCCCAGCGCUGGAAAAAGGUAAGUUUUACCCCUUUUCCCCUUUCCAGAGCCGGGCGGGAGGGGGUCCCUGAGGGUGGGGGCACCCUCAGGGCACUAUAGUGCCAGGAAAACGAGUAUGUUUUCCUGGCACUAUAGUGGUCCUUUAAAGGACCACUACAGACACCCAGAUCACAUCCGCUCAAUGAAGUUGUCUGGGUGUCAGGUCCUUCUAGUUUUAACCCUGCAGCUGAAAACAUAGCAGUUUCAGAGAAACUACUAUGUUUCACUGAGGGUUACUCCAGCCUCUAGUGGCUGUCUCACUGACAGCCGCUAGAGGAGCACACUGAACGUCCAUAGGAAAGCAUUGAGUAAUGCUUUCCUAUGGGCGGUUUGAAUGCGUGCGCGGUCUCAUUCCGAGCUGAGAGGCUGAGGGAUCCCCAGCGCCAAGGGAGUCCGGCGCUGAAGACAUACACACACUCUCACUUACAGACGCAUACACACUAGCUAACAGAGACACACUCAGCGACAGACAUACAUACACACUCACACACUCACUUACAAAACAUACACUCUCAUUGACAAACACACACUCACUAACAGACAUCAAACAGACUCACUAAGAGACUCACACUCACACUCACACUCACUCUAACACUCACACUCACUCUAACACUCACACUCACUCUAACACACUCACUCUAACACACUCACUCUAACACACUCACACAUGUUUUUUUAAAUUUAAUCCCCCCAGCCUCCUUACCUUUUGGAGUGCUGGGGGGAUUCCCUGGGGUCCAGUGGUGCUGCUGGGCUCCUGGGCGGGUGGCCGGGCAGGCAGGCGGGCGCGCGAGGGAGCACUCAGUGCUUCCUCUUCAGCUCCCUCGCGCGCCGCGUAGGGAUGCCGGCGCCGGAAGAUGACGUCAUCUUCCGGCUCCGGCAUCAGUGCAGUGCGCGAGGGAGCUGAAGAGGAAGCACUGAGUGCUCCCUCGCGCGCGCGCCUGCCUGCCCGCCCGGCCACCCGCCUGACGGGUGUCAGCAGGGCCAGCCUCGGGGGGCCCUGGGGUGGUCGGCUCCUGCGCCCCCCAGGUGAAGAGGCUGGCCCUGUGGGUACAUACCGGGUCGCAGGGGCAACCGCGACCCCUGCGACCCUGGUAUGUACGCCACUGGGGAUAGCCCAGAGUCAGAUAAGUGAUCAACGUAGAUAAGUGAUUAAUAUAACGAGGGCCAAGUUGAUAAAACCAAAUUAUAUAGAGGAAAGGGUUGAGUACCAGAAAAGUAUCAAUACUCAAAAAAAAAAAAAACAGCAUAGGUAACUAGUAUCAAUAUCAACAAGAAUAUACUAUGAAAUGUAUCUACAAGGACCAUAACUGUGGACAAUUCAAGCUAACAAGUGUAUGAGAAGCAAACUAGCAACCCCUAAUUAGUAUAACUAAACCAAAGUAAACCUUUGUUAGCCGAUGAGUCCCAUAAGUCAAUAGUGACACUUGUAGCCAUGUAGACAGAUUAAAUCAACCUCAGCAGGCCCUCCCUUGCGACUUAUUUGAGUACGUGGUAGGGCCACCUCAACUUAAAGAUGACAUGUUUUAGUAUAAUAAUGAUGUCACAAUAUGUCUGAUCGGUGUGGCAUCGCAACUUAUCUACAUCCUAAUUCACCUAUUAGUGUAAAAACUUUCAAACAGAAAAUCGGAUAGCAUGGCAGAAAGUCAAUAUCCCGUUGGAUAUCUGAACGUGCAAGUGCUUAAUACUGAUUUGUGUUAUGAUCGUAUGCGUCCUGUUGACGGCCUGGUUCGACAACGUGUUUCUAGUCUUUCGAGUCUCUCAUUUAUUUACCCCUUAGAGGACACGAGUGCUGAGAACGUUGCGUGGAGGUUGGUGUUGCUCGAGCAACUCGUGCCUACUCCAGCAUCAGCAUUGUCCGUAUUGGUACGCAUGAGCCUGAACCGUUUCCUGGCCGUUGCUGGGAAAGGAACGUUGUGUCUGCGUAGCUCAGCCGUAAUACGAGGAAUGGUCCAUGACCUGAUAGAACCUGAUAGGUGUCACCUAUUCGUGUAGGUGUAGUGGACCAGACUGGAGUACUUUUGUAUUGACAUGUCCUCUCCUUCUUACAAGAAUCUGAGACAUACUGCAAUAUAUUAAUAAUUAGAUCAGGAUCUUUUUACUGGCUGACUAGCUAGUGCCAAGUGGUGAAGCAAUUAACUAGGUUGGUGACAGGUGAGGCCCUGCUAGUUGCCAAGUGGUUGGAGCGGCUCUAUCUAUGACUUGGCUUGAGGGGAUUCAUGUGGCGGGGUGUUGCCCUCUCUGUGACAUUUAAAUACUCUUAGCUACUGCUGCUGUAAGCGCGGUGCUUUAUCUUUGUGUUUGUAUAUGAUGUUUGUAUCACACAGCUAUGUUACAUUGCUGCCAGCCUCCCCACGUUGUCUUAUUAAGAGUUUAUAAGUAUGUAGGGGCAGCACCCCUUCCUUUCUCAUCAGAGAAAUUUGCCUUUUAGCUGAUACCAACAAGGUGAUUUGUAUGUGUUAUAGCCCUAUUCAGGGUUAAGUAUUUAGGGGUUUAUAAAAAAUCCCUUCCUGUCUCAUUUAGAGAUGUUUACACUUUGUCUGAUACCAGCAAAGUUUAUUGUACGUGUAGACGCCCUAUAAAGGAUUAAAUGUGAAAGGGUUUAAAAAUACCCCUUCCUGUCUCACUGAAGAUUCUUGGCUGAUAUCAGCAUAUCUAAUGGCUAGUGUAGGAACUCACCUAUUGAGGCUUGCCUUGACGUGGCAGGUGAGCUUAUAUAUUCAAAUGGCCAUUGGAAUAAAAACUAAAGAGCCUCCAUUUUGUUUAAAUGUACAUGGGGAUUUAGGCCAGAGGGCAGGUAACGUUCUUUGUUUUUACAUUUAAAUCAUAAGAUAGAUUAGGUGUGACAAGUGAGGCUUGUGCGAUGCGGCUAACUAUGUUUUGGCCCGGGGGGGCGUAAUACCUCAUGCGUGGAAGAUGGCUGUUGGCCCAUUAACUCCAAGGCAGAGAUGCUAGAAACUGCACAUCUACUGGUCACCUAGAUCCCUAUAAGCCAGUAAAACCUACUCAUUAAAAAGGUCUAUAUUGCGGGGAAGCCAUCGUGGCUAAAAAAGUACCUGAAUUCGGAUGAGUUUGUGUAGUUCUGUAUGGUAUGGUUGUAACCUGUUACUAAAAUCUGCAGUAUCCCCUUAAGGAGGCAGAGAGGGGAAGAAACGUAACUGACAAAUGGGUGCAAGGUCUGAAGAGAAAAUGAUGCUCCAAAUUGAUAACCUGUAAAAGAAUAUAUGAUAAGAUAAUAUGUAAGGAAAUGGAUGCUAGCAAGAGUACAGGCCCCAUGGCGUUUCGGAAAGCCACAGGACCAAAUAUCCGCAGACAGAAACUAUAGUGUUAAACCAUGCAAUCAUAUAUUUAGGGAAAUCUCAAAAUAUGAUUUAGACAUGACACAAAUAUGUUUGUAAGCAAAACCGUAGACUGUGCAGAGAUCCAUAUGUAAAGGCGUAUCGUCUAUCGUAACCUAUCUAAUAUGCCACAUCGAAGGUAAUACCUGUUUAUGGCAUUAUGAUAAUCAGAUUGAGGAAAUAUUACCACUACAUAACUGUAAAAUAAUGAUAUCCGUAUACUAGGUGCCUAUAAAUGUACUACCCAGAACCUAAAACAAGACAUUAUAUUCUUAAUCCAAAAUCUAUAAAUGUUUUCAAUGAAAUGCCCAUACGAGGUGCUGAAUUAGCCUGUGGCAGGUUGCCCAUUACAGGGCAUAUUAACACGUAAAGGCAUAGUGUUACCAGGAGUAGUAAAUAUGCCUAUCCAGAAUUUCAGGGUGGCUGUGUGGUCUGUGUUGUGAUUAAUGCGGGUGAAGGUAGGAUGUGAAUCUGAGGAUGGUUGUGGAGUUUGUGUAUGUAACUAAGACAUGUUGGUGAUGAGAUGGUAGAGAACCUGAUAGUUACGAAUGUUGUGAACGCUGGUAUAGUAGAUACCCUGUUCGCCUAUUCCUCCCGAACGACUGAGCCUGAGUUUACAUAUAGCUUCAGUUCGGGUGUAGAUAUGAAUAGUUUCAGAUGAAUGCAGCCUCCAAGUAAGUUAUCCCCAGCAAGUAGACAGUUACCCAAACGUGAGCCUAGACUUCAUGAAGGGUAUAACAGUAAUGAAGUUUAAUGGUGCCACACUGGCUUUUAUGCAAGUCCCUGUGCAAGGGACACUCCCACAUGGACCUUGUGGAGAACAGGGACACAAAGGCAUGGUUUGUACCUAGAUCCUAUUGGGUUUUUUUUGGCCGGGGGAGAGAGUUCGCUUGGCUUUAUUAGGAAUAAAGAGCUUGUGUUGGCUCUUCUGACCAUCCAGUUCAUUUGCUGAGAGCUGUUCUCCAGCCAAUAAGAUAACCUCUGCAGUUCCGGUCUUGGCUCAAUGCAGAGAGAUUCCGUCUCUCAUAGAGGAGGUGACCCUAAGUAAGUUGACAGACCUCACACUUACGCUAGGGGUUGCAAAGGCACUUCUGCCACCAUAUCCAUUACAGCAUGUUAUAGUGCUUAUGGUGCUGGAGUGUUACUUCAACUACGUCUGAGGUUUUUCAUUUAGUAUUUUUCUCAAUUAGAUUAAAUUAAUAUAUCCAAAUCAUGUACAGUAAUGUUUACGAUUCCUUGUUCUAACUUCCAGCUAUGGAUUUCCUAUGUCUCAGUAAGACUACAAAGUGAGAAUGAGACGAUUUUAGUAAAUGAGGCCAGGGAAACCAUUUGAAGUAGUGCAUUUUUAAACCGUAUAUGUUUUUAUAAAUAACCUCGAGUUAUGAAUAUGCAGCAUUUACAUCCACUGCUAAAUGGUCCGCAGCAACUGCUAGCUAAAGAUUUUCACGCACUAGAAUUCCUAAUCUCUGAAAUGUCAACCCUUGAAAUGGGAUACUUUAUCUUUUUUUUUUUUUUUUCUUCUUUUUUUUUUUUUUUUUUUUUUUUUUUCCGGUAUUAGAAACCUAGCUAAAUUCUUUAUUAUUUAAAAGAUCUCUGUUCAAAUAUAUUACAGAUCUGUAUAUAUCAAAUCCAUAGAUUGUUCUGCAUUUAAUUGAAAUUACAUUGAACCGAUGCUUCCUGCAGACACUUUCAGAAUUCUUCAAUCCAUCCUAUGUUAUUAAAUUAAAGGGGUGUGCCAGAAUUUUUUUCUACCCAUCUUUAAUAAUUUGUUAUAUGAGGCUAGGUGUAUUGUCAUGUGACACCGCCCAGCCUUAGGUGUUCAGUUUUUUAUUUUUUUAUUUAUUUAUUCUUCUAAUAAGGAUAUCUCCAGCACAUCUCCUCAUGUCACAGCACAAUGUUCUUGUCUUGUUUGUUCGGAUGCUGCUGUUUGAGAAAGACCAGAUAGAUUACUUAUUUUAUAUGUAGGUAGAAGCUUUAUAUGUAAAAAUUAAUGUUGUUUGGAAAUGUUUGCACAAUUCUCAGUCUUGGAGGCUAGGAUGAACUCUGGUAUAACCGGAUGAUUGUUGAAUAUAGACUUUAGCAUGGAUAAACUGACACAUUUUGAAGUAAACAACGCUACGUAUGGGGCUUGAUUUUGAGUUGGAUUUUGAGUUGAAAAUUCUGACCCUGUUUUCAACCCUGCUUCAUAGUAGUCAACCUACACACUUCCUGAAAGAGUCUAAAUCUUUUUAGCUUCUCUUACUGCAGUAUGUUUAAUUUAGAAUUUCAUAUUUAAUAAUCUCUGUACUAAAGUACAAUUAACCAAGCAGAACAUAAGAACUGCUAAAGUAAAUCCACUGUGAAGAAAGUUACAUAGAAACAUAGAAUGUAAUGGCAGAUAAGAACCAUUCGGUCCAUCUAGUCUCUCCAAUUUUUUAAAAUACUUUAAUUACUCCCUGGCCUUAUCUUAUAGUUAGGAUAGCCUUAUGUCUAUCCCACGCGUGCUUGAACUCCUUUACUGUGUUAACCUCUACCACUUCAGCUGGAAUGCUAUUCCAUGCAUCCACUACCCUCUCAGUAAAGUAAUACUUCCUGAUAUUAUUUUUAAACCUUUGUCCCUCUAAUUUAAGACUAUGUCCUCUUGUUGUGGUUUUUCUUCUUUUAAAUAUAGUCUCCUCCUUUACUGUGUUGAUUCCCUUUAUGUAUUUAAAUGUUUCUGUCAUAUCCCCCCUGUCUCAUCAAGCUAUACAUGUUAAGAUCCUUUAACCUUUCCUUCUAAGUUUUAUCCUGCAAUCCAUGAACCAGUUUAGUAGCCCUUCUCUGAACUCUCUAAAGUAGCAAUAUCCUUCUGGAGAUACGGUCUCCAGUACUGCGUACAAUACUCCAAAUGAGGUCUCACCAGUGUUCUGUACAAUGGCAUGAGCAUUUCCCUCUUUCUACUGCUAAUAGCUCUCCCUAUACAACCCAGCAUUCUGCUAGCAUUUCCUGCUCUAUUACAUUGUCUGCCUACCUUUUAAAGGACCACUAUAGUGCCAGGAAAACACUCGUUUUCCUGGCACUAUAGUGCCCUGAGGGUGCCCCCACCCUCAGGGUCCCCCUCCCUCCAGGCUGGAUGGAGAGGAAGGGGUUAAACUUACCUCUUUCUCCAGCGCCGGGCGGGGAACUCUCAUCCUCCUCUUCGGCUGAAUGCGCAUGCGCGGCAGGAGCCGCGCGAGCAUUCAGCCAGUCCAUAGGAAAGCAUUCACAAUGCUUUCCUAUGGACGCUGGCGUCUUCUCACUGUGAAAAUCACAGUGAGAAGCGCGGAAGCCCUCUAGCGGCUGUCAAUGAGACGGCCACUAGAGGCUGGAUUAACCCAUUUAUAAACAUAGCAGUUUCUCUGAAACUGCUCUGUUUAUAGAAAAAAGGGUUAAACCUAGCUGGACCUGGCAACCAGACCACUUCAUUAAGCUGCCGUGGUCUGGGUGCCUAUAGUGGUCCUUUAAGGCAUCAAAAAUAAUCACCCCUCAGAUGUUGAGGUUAGGACUCUAUCAAAUAUUCUGUACUCUGCCCUUGGGUUUUUUACGUCCAAGAUGCAUUAUCUUAUCCACAUUAAAUGUCAGUUGCCACAACUCUGACCUUUUUUCUAGUUUACCUAAAUCAUUUGCCAUUUGGCUUAUCCCUCCUGGAACAUCAACCCUGUUACAUAUCUUAGUAUCAUCAGCAAAAAGACAUACCUUACCAUCAAGACCUUCUGCAAUAUCACUAAUAAAAAUAUUAAGGAGAAUGGGUCCAAGUACAGAACCCUGAGGUACCCCACUGGUGACAAGACCAUUCUUCGAAUAUACUCCAUUGACUACAACCCUCUGUUGCCUGUCACUCAGCCACUGCCUUACCCAUUCAAUAAUAUUGGAAUCCAAACUUAAAGAUUGCAAUUUAUUGAUAAGCCUUCUAUGUGCAAUAGUGUCAAGAGCCUUACUGAAAUCUAGGUUAGCAAUAUCUACUGCACCACCCUGAUCUAUUAUUUUAGUUACCCAAUCAAAAGAAUACUACCCAAUCAAAAUCCCCACUACUGAAGUAAGGCUUACUGGCCUAAAGUUGCCCAACUCCUCCCUACUACCUUUCAUGUGAAUGGGCACAACAUUCACUAACUUCCAAUUAUCUGGGACUACUCCUGUUAACAAUGAUUGGUUAAAUAAAUCUGUUAAUGGUUUUGCUAGUACACCACUAAGCUCUUUUAAUAAGUUGAGCAGGAGGGAGAUAAUUUUAUUAGAUGCAGACCUCCCAAUUCUCCUGAUUUCGGUGGAACAGUCCCAAUUUUAUGGUCCUGUCCAACUGUCCUGAGUUUGUUCACUGGUGUACCAGUUUUGGGGACACCAGGGAACUGUCCCCAAAAGCAUUGCAUGAGCACAUAAUCAGCUGUGUUAUGCUAAGGUCACAAGGACCAUGCAGAGAGCACUGAAAUAGUGCUCCCUGCAUGGUCUGCCUUCAGUGGGAUGGCAUGUGUGAUUGGCAGGCACCCUGACAUGCAUUCAUGAUUGGCUGACCUGCCAGUUUUUCAGACAGCUCCACCUCUAUUCCUUGUUUGCCUACCCCCUUUAUGGCAGUGCCAGUGAUGUUUUUUAUAGCACUGCUCCCUUUUUACCUCUCCCAUCGGUGUCCCGAUUUAUGGAACGCCAAUGUUAAGGACUAUGUGUAUAUUGCAUGUUGGUACUUCACACACUCACGAACCUAUACAUGUAUUAUGAACAUGUAGAUUAUUUACUGGUCAUAGUGUGACAUGUACUUGGUGUGACCUGUUUUUGAGUGAAAAUAUGCCAAAAUACCAGAGUAUUGCAGUAUGCUAUGAUGCCUUUUUGUAUUGGACUAACAGAAUACUUAAAAGACAAGCUUUUGAGAGUUUUCCUCUCUUCUGUUCAAAGCAAAAUAUCUUUUUUUUUUUUUUUAUUAAAUUAUUUUGUAAAAUAUGCAUAUAUAUUUCAUAUUUAUAUGUAUCACCAGAUUAUUUUUUUUCAAUGAAAUUGUACCUUAAAAUGAAUUUUUUUUUAUAUUGAGAAAUAAAUGAUAAACUGCAAAUGUGUUUCUUUAUUUCUCAAACAACUAUAACUGUUGAAAAUACUGCCUCAAAACCAUUAAUGCAGUUAUUAAAUUUUAGUGAAUGAAACAUUGCUCUGCUUUUCAUUAAACCCGCUUUCAAUAUAUCGUAAAAGCAAAUAAUGUUUGAAACUUUACCAAUAACUUUUAAGAGUUUAACUCACAAGAGUUAACCACUUGAUUGCCAGCCACGUAAAACUCUUAUGAAGCAAAAAACAAAGUUGGCUUUAAAAGCCGUCCGUGAAUUAUGAUGUGGGCUUUAUUAUGAUCAUCCAUCAUUACUCUAACAUAUUCAACAGCAGUUUAGAAUUAAAGGGAUAAAUCCGCAUAUCAGAUACUAUUCGAAAUAACAGGGAAAAGUUUAGUGCGCCCUCCACUUUCUCCUAACUGCAAAAUUGCUCUCAAACUCUGGAGCAACUGUUCUAGCAAAGUGUGACAAUGUCCAUUCUGUUGGACAUCUGCUGCUAUAGCAGUGCAAAGACCAAAUAAAACACAGGUUUAUUGCCAAAAGCAGUUGUAUUUAGGCUGGUGUUCUGAAUAUUAGUGAACACUGGCAUUACUGAUAAUACCUUCUCUUUCUCCCCCACUCCCACCAGUAAAAAUAAUUAGGCAGCCAUCCUACGGCAAUCUGUGAACCAACACAAAAAUAUAAAUUGUCAUGCCAUUGCUCUGAUCUUUACUGGAUCACUGACAUUUAUGCUCAUGUCUCAUUUUAUCAUUAUAGGAGAGUAACUUUAAUGGUAAAAUGCUCAAAAUGGUCAGUCCUCCUGAGGGGGUAAAAAAAUCAAAACUUCAGACAAAUGGUUAAAUAAUCAUUGCAGAAAAACAUUAUGUAAUGUAUUGUUUGAUCUGAAUAUACCCUAUAGCAUUAAUGUAUGUUGGUGCAUAAUUAAGCAGUCUUACAUAAUUACUGAAAUUUAAGUGUAAUUCUACAGCCACUAAAAAUUGUUGGCAAUAGGUUGGCAAUAAGUUAUUGUUGGCAAUAGGUUACCAAAUGUUUAGCUUCGUGCCAUGUUAAGGAGCACACGUAUUACUGUGAGGUCAUUUGGAGUUAAUGUGCUAGAGCUGAAGAAGAGUUUGGGUAGUUUUAUGGUAAAAUGCAUUUUGUGUUUGAUAUUCAAGUUUAUGGUAACUAUGUGCCUUUCCUGAAAAAUUUUAUAUUUCACAGUAUCCUAAAGUAUGGAUGUCUCAUGUACUUAUUCUAACUGAUUUACAUGACCUUUUAAAAAAAAGUAUCUUUUUUAUGCUUUAGGUGAAACAUUAAGUAUUCCGGACACUGUAAUGGGGCUUACUUUGCUAGCAGCAGGAACCAGCAUUCCAGACACUGUUGCUAGUGUCCUUGUCGCCCGAGAUGGUAAAUAUAACGUGUAUCAGAUUAUUAUUUUUUCAUUUAUUAAAAGAAUGAACACCUACGCAACAAUAAAUAUAUGUUGAGAGACUUUGGCCAAAAAAUUAAAUAUAUAGUUUUUUUUUUUAGUUUUUUUUUACUGUUGCAGAAUAGUGUUUUUUUUUUUUUAAAUCUAGACCAACACUUACUUUUCCUGUAAAUUUGUAGACCACCAUGCUCAAGGUACAUUUUUGUUUUUCUUUUGAUAGUUUGCAGUUGUGCAUUAUAUUUUAAUGCUGAAUUGGCAUUGCCAAUCCCUGCAUGUAUAAGUUGGCACAAAAAAUUUACUCGCCAUUUUACUUCCAAACAAAAACUCAGAAUAGGUCAUAAGAACAGUCCUUGCCCCAGUUGAGUAUGCACCGCUGUUAUAUAUUUUUACACUAAUCUCCAGUUGCUUUGCUUACCACUUUUCCACUGCCGUUAUAAUUCGAUUAUUUUGCUGCUAUGCAUGGCCUGGUGACAGCAGGCACUAGGUUGUUGUAACAUGGAUAUUUGUAAGACGGAUUAUAACAAGCCAUGCUCAACAGCACCACCCGUUCUCUACACAUGUUUCUUCUUUGAGCACCCCUAAUACCCUGUAAUGUAAAACGGUGGUGUCUUAUGCAGCUAUGCACAAACUUAAGGUCAGCCUGAGAAGGAGGUUUCCAAACCAAUAUCAAUUGCUAAAUUGAGCAUGUCCAAUCUCCAGUUGCAUUGGUAGUCUGUAGACAAACAAGACAUUUUUCUGCAAAGUAUUUGAAUACAUACUAAUAAGUGUUUUCUCACUAAAUUAUUCUUAUGACUCCAUAAUGAACAUUUGUGUAGAAGAGCUCACAUUUACAGAAAAUUUACACAUGACAAAAAGUUGUUCCUAUUUGUUAAAGCGGUAGUCAAUUUUAUUUUUUUCACCUGUCUCCUAUCUCUACCAAAAGGUUAAAUAUUUAUAGAUAAAAUAAGUAAUUCAAUGAAAAGAUGGAUAGAUUAAAUAAAACAAUUCUAUGAAAGAAUUGGGGGAAAAAAUGCUAAUUAUUUACUUAUGAAUCCCCUACCAUUCGAGCAUACUCUGCUGCAGACUCUCAGAUACGACCAUUAUAUAGAUGUCUGGGAUUUGUUUGCAUCCCCCUUUGGUAUUGAACAGGAAAAUGACAAAAUCUUAAGGGGUUGAGUGCCUUGAAAAGUGUCAGAAAUCAAUGGAUGCCUUGAAUAUGUCAAAUACACAGAGAGGGACAGGUAUUAGAUGGAUAUAUUUGACUUUGACAUGAUAAUGUGUUUGCCAAUAAAUUCUGCAUGUAUUAUGAUAAACUCCUACACGUCUCUUCACAGGAAAGGGAGACAUGGCCAUGUCUAACAUUGUUGGAUCCAACGUAUUUGACAUGCUCUGUCUAGGAGUUCCGUGGUUUAUUAAGACUGUCUUCGUAGACAGAUCAUCACCAGUUGAAGUGAAUAGCAGUGGAUUGACUUACACCACCAUGUCCCUUCUGUUCUCCAUUCUCUUUAUCUUUGUAGCUAUUCAUUUAAAUGGCUGGAAGCUUGACAAGAAGUUGGGUGUAAUUUGUCUGCUUAUGUAUUUGGUGUUUGUUACAUUAUCAAUUUUGUAUGAACUUGGAAUUAUUGGAAAUAAUCUGAUACGAGCUUGUGGAGACUAAUAAACAUCCUGUUUUGAACCAAGGUG